AUGAACAUUCCUGACGGCGAGUACGACAUUGACUUGCUGGUGUUGGGAGAUGAGGACGACUCGCUGUUGGCACUCCGGUACGGAUUCAUUCCCGACUCGAUGGACCAGACCAGGGCCAUGAGUCUCUUCCAGACGGACCGCGUGUGUGUGGUGGAGGCCGCGGUGACGGAGCGGCCGGGCAUCAAGCUGCUUCCGAUCAUAUUCGAGGGCCAGCCGCAGCGGCAGCGACCGGCUUCGAACGGCGCAGACUCCUUCUAUCUUACUGUGAGCGACGGCAGAGCCCAGUUGCGGCGCCUUCUGAACACUGUGCGGGUCAACAAGUCGCGCAAUGCAGACAAGUGGCGGGGCACCAUUGCCGGCUGGCGGGCCAGCGCGUCGCAGAGCCUCGACUUCCCGGAUGUGCUGGGCGUGGCAGCCGAAGAAGAGCGCGGCGCGAAGAAGGCGCGCUCGGAGGGGCGGGGAACGCCGAAGCCCGUUCAGGGCGCCGCCCCUCCCAAGGGCGCAGGCGCGCCCACUGGGGCAGGCAGACGUACGGGCGCGGAGACGUCCAGCGGUCUGGCUGCAAUUAGGACGGCCGCUGCAAAUAAGACGGCUGGUCUGGCGGCAAAUGUUGUGAAUAGCCUGGCUGCAAAUAAGACCACCAAUACUGGUGUGGCUGCAAAAAAGGGACAAGGACAAGCGGCUACGCGACAAGGGGCUGCUGAAGCGGCUGCGGAGGCGCUUCGCAAUCAGCCUGCCAAACCAGAGUCCGGUCUGCUGAAAGACAUGCACAGUGGCCGAACAUCAGAUACAAGAGAGAAUCCAAGUGGACGGCAACAGAAACAGAAAGAUGCUGAGGGAGAAAGAAAGAAUGGAGGCAGCACAACGUCUGGGUCGCUGUUGAAGAGAGACAGUAAGAAAGGCGACGCGCAGGGCCUUGCGUCUGGGCCACGCCGCAGCAUGCCCAAACCGGCAUCGAAACGGCCGCCCACUGCAUCCAACGACAUUAUCAGCGUGUCUGACUUUGAAGAUCUCGAGACCUCGAGUCCGCCUAAAGAACACGUCGCGCAGGGCGACAUGGACGACGACUUUGAAGACCUCGAGAACCAACUACAGGAGGUUUUGGAGUCGGAGUCGGAGCAGUCCGACUUUGCGCCCAUUGUCGUGCAAGUGAGCGAAGACGAGCCGAAAAGAGCGGCAGACAUUGCCUCGCGCUCGGCUGGACGCAAGCCCAUGAGCUUGCGCGAACUUUAUGGCGGUGGCAGAAACGACGAUAUGAGUAGCAGCGAGGAAGAGUAA